AUGUCUGGUCGUUUUGUCCGGUCGUCGAAAUACCGACACGUUUUCGGUCAACCCACAAGACGAGAACAAUGCUACGAUAAUCUGCGCGUGUCCCGCAAUGCGUGGGAUACCAACUUGCUGAAGGUCAAUCCCCAAUACCUGGCAGUCAACUGGGAAACUGGUGGCGGCGGUGCAUUCGCCGUCAUCCCCUUGGAGGAGCGAGGAAAAGUUCCGGAGAAAAUACCCUUGUUUCGAGGACACACCGCCGCUGUCUUGGAUACUGACUGGAACCCCUUCAAUGACUCGCUGAUCGCAUCUGGUUCCGACGAUGGCAAGGUGUUCCUCUGGCGCGUCCCCGACGAUUUCACCGUUCGUCCUGAUGUCGAGUUCGAUGCUAUACAAGAUAUCUCUCCGGUCGGAAAACUCAGCGGGCAUCCUAGAAAGGUUGGCCAAGUGCUAUUCAACCCCGCGGCAGAAAACGUGCUGGCGACCGCAUCAGGCGACUUCACUAUCAAAAUCUGGGACAUUGAAGCUGGCGCCCCCAAAUUCACUCUCAAGCUGGGCGACGUUGUGCAGUCGCAAUCGUGGAGCGCCAAUGGAUCUCUGCUAGUAACGACGUCUCGUGACAAGAAGUUUCGGAUAUGGGAUGUGCGCCAGGAGCGUCCCGCCAUCGAGACCGCAGGCCACUCAGGAGCAAAGAACAGCCGUGCUGUGUGGAUGGGCGAACAUGACCGAAUUGCUACUACCGGUUUCUCCAAGAUGAGUGACCGUCAGCUAGCCUUGUGGGAUGUCCGUGCCGCGCGCGAGCCUUCUAGUGGAUUCAAAACUCUCGACUCAAUCUCCGGUGUUUGUGUUCCUUUCUGGGAUGAUGGCACACAAUGUCUGUACCUUGCUGGAAAGGGUGAUGGUAACAUUCGUUACUUUGAAUAUGAGAACGACAAGUUUGAGUUCCUUUCAGAGUACAAGUCUGGCGAUCCUCAGCGUGGUCUGGCAUUCAUGCCCAAGCGCGGCGUCAACAUACACCAAAACGAAGUCGUCCGUAUCUACAAGUCCGUUGCUGAUACUUAUGUGGAGCCCAUCUCAUUUAUCGUUCCUCGACGUUCAGAGACCUUCCAGGAUGACAUUUAUCCCCCUGCGUUUGGUCUUAAGCCAGCCAUGACUACGUCGGAGUGGCUCGAUGGCAAGGAAGCAAUUCCGCCAAAGAUUUCGUUGGAGGGCAUCUACGAGGGAACUGGCUUGCAGGAGGUGACUCCCUCCCAGGCUAAGCCCACUUCUACCAUUAGCGCUCCAGCUCCCCAGCCUGCGGAGCCUGCUCAGCCUGUCAAGGCAGCUGAACCUGUUCGCUCAGAGCCAACCCCAGUCGUGCGACCAGCGCCUUCAAUGAAGGAUCAGGGAGCUUCUAUGGCAGCGAUGGUUGACAAGUUCGCCGAUGACGACCAAGAAAAGGAGGAUGUAGAUGAUGCCUCCAGCUUUGAAGAGGUUUCCAAUCCUGUUGAACGAGUGCCAGCUUCUCCAGUGAAGGCCACCGCACCAGUUAGGCAGGUGCCUAUUAUCAAAGAGACCCCUCCUCCGGUUGAGUCGGCGCCCUCGCCUGUUACUGAAACUCCCGCAAAAUCAUCCCCCACCUCAUCAGACUCUGUCAAGGAUGAUAUUGCCGAGAUCAAGGCAUUGAUUGCUCAGCAGACCAAGACCAUUGCCUCUCAGGCCGAGCACGUGCAGAAUCUCACCGCAGAAAUCGAAUCGCUCAAAUCCAAGCUUGAUGGUUAG